UUGACUGCGGUCCUUUUUCCCUCCAUGGUGGGCUUCGUACAGUAAGCUUUCUUCUGUGGGAAUAUUGAAAUCCAUUUUCAUCCCCUGAAAUAAUAAGUUAUCACCCGAAAUGACGGAGCAGUUGCAUCUGCGAGGCACCCUUCGUGGCCACAAUGGUUGGGUUAACCAGAUUGCCACAAAUCCCAAGUUUCCAGACAUGGUUCUUUCGGCCUCUCGGGACAAGACUCUCAUCAUGUGGAAGUUGACCCGGGAUGACACAAACUACGGAAUCCCCAAAAAACGCCUUCGUGGCCACGGCCACUUCGUCACCGACGUAGUUAUGUCCUCGGACGGCCAGUACGCCUUGUCCUGCUCCUGGGACAAGACACUACGUUUGUGGGACCUUACUGUGGGCCGCACAACGCGUCGGUUUGAGGACCACCAGAAGGAUGUUCUGAGUGUGGCCUUCUCCGCUGACAACCGCCAGAUUGUGUCCGGUUCUCGAGACAAGACUAUCAAGCUGUGGAACACGCUGGCGCAGUGCAAGUAUACCAUUGUGGAAGAUGGCCACAAGGACUGGGUUUCGUGUGUGCGAUUCUCUCCAAACAACAACAACCCAAUCAUUGUGUCGUGUGGCUGGGAUCGUGUGGUGAAGGUGUGGAACCUCACCAACUGCAAGCUCAAGACGGACCACAACGGACAUCGCGGAUACCUUAACACCGUGACGGUGUCUCCCGACGGAUCCCUGUGCGCUUCCGGAGGAAAGGAUUGCAAGGCAAUGCUGUGGGAUUUGAAUGAGGGCAAGCACUUGUACACCCUGGAUCACCAGGACAUCAUCAAUGCUCUGUGUUUCAGUCCCAACCGCUACUGGCUGUGUGUGGCCACUGGGUCCACCAUUCGUAUUUGGGACUUGGAAGGCAAGAACCUUGUGGAUGAGCUGAAGCCCGAGGUGAUCACUACAAGUGCCAAGGCCGAACCGCCUCAGUGUAUCUCGAUGGCUUGGUCAGCCGAUGGACAGACACUGUUUGCAGGCUACACCGACAACGUUGUGCGCGUCUGGCAAGUCUCCAUCGGUACUACGCGCUGAUGGAUGUUGUGAAUGGAAUAAAAAAUGAGGUGCUCCGAA